AUGAUGGAAAGCUCAAAGGAGACUCCAGUAGCGAAGCGCUCUAUCGACCAUUCUUCGGAUACGAAUGAAACGAAAAGAAUAGUUGUAAACGACAUAUCGGAAUGCCCUCAUGGUCCUCCAGGUCCCCCAGGAAAACCGGGAGCCCCUGGAUCAGAUGGUGAACCCGGCAGAAAAGGAUAUCCAGGAUCACCAGCUACGCCAUGUCUUGCGUACAAAUGGGACAGUUGUAUUCGCUGUCCCUACGGACCACAAGGGCCACCUGGACCCGAUGGACCUCCAGGACAUCCUGGACGUCAAGGAAACGACGGUCGCAUGGGAAUGUAUGGAAAGCAGGGCGAACCCGGCAUUAUUGGACCACCAGGAGCUAAAGCAGGAAAAGGAAGACGUGGACCGCCUGGAAUGGUUGGUGACGAGGGACCAGCUGGAGCGAGAGGAGCUCCUGGUCCGCCAGGUUUGACUGGAAUGCCAGGACUUGUCGGAGCAAUGGGAACUGCUGGUAAUCCGGGCGGACCAGGUCCAAAUGGAGUGCUCGGGAUGGAAGGCAUGAUGGGCUAUCCCUGGACCUGA